GGCCACCUGCAUGAGGACCUGGGCGGCUGCAGGAGCCAAAAGAAGGAGUACCUUUCCGAGAUUUGCACAAAGUCACUCUUUCCGGGCCCUUGCAGCGUCCUCCUCAGAUUGUACUUCCGGCGUGAAGGUUACGGACAAGAUGGUGCCGCCGGUGCAGGUCUCCCCGCUCAUCAAGCUCGGCCGCUACUCCGCCCUGUUCCUCGGCGUGGCGUACGGAGCCAAGCGCUACAGUUACUUGAAACCUCGGGCAGAAGAGGAGCGGAGGGUAGCCGCUGAGGAGAAGCGGCAGCAGGAUGAACGGAAACGGAUUGAGAGAGAACUGGCAGAAGCCCAAGACGACAGCAUACUAAAGUGAGCCUGCCUUUCUCUGGAGUGGUGUGGACGAAUAAAGCUUUCUGUGUUUGAUGCUCUC